UUCCAUUUCACCCUUCGAUUUCCUUUUUACUUCGCUUUGUCUGGUUGUUGGCGUCGAUGUUUAGCUAAUUCCCUCAUUAAACCACAACUCUUCACUGGCAGAGGCUGACAGCUCACUCGCUCAGGGUUUCUGCCUGUUUCAUCUUCCUAACGCAACCGCAUUCGGGAAACUAAAGGAAACAGGGGAGGUAGAGAGAGAGAGAGAGAGAGAGAGAGAGAGAGAGAGAAGGAACGCCUUUCGGUUUCGGUGAGCUGAAUAUAAUUGAUUUCAGAUUCUUUGAGGAGAGGAGCUGCUGAAAAAUUUUCUCUCUCCUCCAUCCAUGGCGUCUUCUUCCUCUCCGACGAGCAUAAACGAGGCGUUGACGGACGACGAGCUGCGGUCGAUUCUGGGCAAGCUGGAGGAUGACAAGGACAAGGAGAUAUUUGGGUUGGUGUGCAAAAGAUGGCUGAGAUUGCAGAGCACAGAGAGGAGGAAGCUUGCUGCUCGAGCUGGCCCUCACAUGCUUCAGAAGAUGGCCGCCAGAUUCUCCAGGCUGCUUGAGCUGGACCUCUCUCAGUCCGUCUCCAGGUCAUUUUACCCUGGCGUCACCGACUCCGAUCUCGCAGUUAUCGCCGAUGGCUUCAAGUCCCUCCGACUCCUCAAUCUGCACAACUGCAAAGGUAUUACUGAUCGUGGGGUGACGUCAAUCGGGCAAGGGCUGCCUGCCCUACAAUCAUUGGACGUGUCCUAUUGUAGGAAGCUAACGGACAAGGGGCUAACGGCAGUGGCCGAGGGCUGUCCCAAUUUGAAAAGCCUCCAUCUUGCUGGCUGCAGAUUCAUCACGGACGAAAUCCUCAAAUCACUCUCCACUUACUGCACCAAUCUAGAGGAACUCGGCCUCCAAGGAUGCUCCAACAUAACAGAUUCCGGACUUGAAGAUCUCGUCGCAGGCUGCCGCAGAAUCCAGUUCCUUGACAUCAACAAAUGCAGCAAUGUUGGAGAUUCAGGAAUCUCCAGUGUUUCUAAAGCAUGUUCUGCCUCCUUAAGGACACUAAAGUUGUUGGACUGUUACAAAGUAGGGGAUGAGUCCAUAUUUUCAUUGGCAAGACACUGUGUGAAUCUCGAGACGCUUAUAAUUGGUGGCUGUCGUGACAUCUCCGAUGAGAGUAUGAAGUCUUUGGCCAAUUCGUGUGGCCGCAGCUUGAGGAAUUUGAGGAUGGACUGGUGUCUGAAUGUGUCGGAUUCUUCGCUGGGCUGUAUACUCUCAGAGUGCAGGAAGCUGGAGGCAUUAGAUAUCGGGUGCUGCGAAGUGAUAACUGAUGCUGCAUUUGAAGGGUUUGGAAUGGGGGAUGAAAAUGGAAUGAAGCUCAAGGUUUUGAAGGUGAGUAACUGCCCGAAGAUCACUGUGAGUGGAAUAAGCUUGGUUUUGGGGAAAUGUAGGUCCUUGGAGUAUCUGGAUGUGAGGUCAUGCCCAUUCGUGACUAAGUUGGAGUGCGACGAGGCUGGGUUGACGUUUCCCGAGUCUUGUAAAGUGAACUUCAACGGAAGCUUGAACGAACCUGAUGUUCUCGUCUGAGAUGACCAGCAUGUUGGUCAAUGUGUUAUGUAAAAUUUGGGAAGGGUGUUGUACAAUACUGGAGAUUGGUGGUUUUCAUGUCAUGAUAAGUGUGUGCAGCAUAUGUGAAUGCUGAUUGUAUCCUGUGUAGUUUAUCUGUGGAAGGAUUCUGAAACUUUCAUAUGUAUUUACGGGUUCCAUCAUAAUGGAUAUAAAGCUGGGGCUGACUUGAUCUUCCAAAAUGUCCAAGCUGGGGUUAAAUAGACAUGGCUAGCUGCAUGAAUUGUGACUGCCAAGCUUGAUGGGAUGAUGGGGAAGAUAAAUUAUGUGAGAUCCAUCUUUGGUGCUAUUCCUUUCCUUCCAGCGGUAUGUGGGCUGGAGUUUCUCUGGGGAUCGUGAUGCAUUGACAAGUAACCAGCUGUGCGCAUCUUCAAGGCAUACUCGCUGUAUAGGUUUGGUGUUGGUGUCCUGUACUUCUGCUGUGUGAUGUUUACCUUUUCCAAGUUCAUGCCACAACCACCUACUGCAAUUGGGUUUCACUUGCAAGUGAUGGUUUUGGCUUGGGCUUUUGGCAUGUGUGAAACAAAUUGGACUUGCUCUUGUUCUGCAAAAUGUGACUGCAAAAUAACACCUUUUGUGUUGAAUGAACUAACCUUGGAAGUUGGAAUAAACCCCAAGUUGGUUGGUCAAGUUGAAUGUCGAUGGAAGUAGACGUUAAGAUUUCCUGUUCAGGAAUUGGCAGUGUCUCAAGGAUUCAGAAGAUGCCGUUCAAAUCAAACCGUGUUAACUAAAUUCAAUCAAUAUCCUUGCGUAAGGAAUGUUAAUCUAAUUUACAGCUUAAACUCUCUUUACAUUUUGUGGGCUCUAAUCCCCUCACUUACUAAUUAGAUUUCAGUUGGCAGUUGCAGCAGCCAUUUCUAGUUAUGUCCUCUUCAUUACAUAUCAACAUGAGACCAAGACUGCUACUUGCUGUAUAUACCUUCAGCAACUGGCAAAAUCAUGUUGAUGCAGUGGUAGUCAUCCUACAGCUGGAAACAGCCUGCUCAACAUACUUGAAAGCUUUCUUGUAAUUCAAGAAACCCAUGAACCAGAAAUCGAAUCCGUCCAUGGUCACUAUUUCCAUAUACUUCUGCGAGGGCUUCUUUGUGUUCUCACUCUGGUUGGCACCUUGUAUCAUCUCAAGUGGGAUCACAACCUUGUAGUGAACCCGGAUCGAUUUGCCCUCGGGUGAUGACAGCUGAAUCGAUCUCUCGCUGCAGAACGCAAGCUUGUGAGUUGAAAUGAAGAGGAGUCCAGCAAUUGGACCUGAUGUAGUUGACAAAUAGCACUGGCAUGCCUUCAGCAGCCUCUCCCCUUCACUCACACUGAAGAACUGCCUGAACACUUUCUUCACACCGCCUACUUGCAGAAUCCGCGCCCCCAAAGUUAACUUGCCUUUCAAGGUCUCGCUGAUCUUGUUCCCAAGUUUCACUGCAACCAUUGAAAUUAAGUACAUUAAGCACAACACAGUCUGUGGCAGCCUGGCAGGCCCUAUUUGGUAACUAUAUAUCCUGGUUUCGAAGCUAAUGAUGUUUGAUUAGGAUUAAGGAAAUUACCAUGUUCGCGGAUUCCAUGUGCGAAUUUGUCAGCCUUCUUCCCCAGCUUGUUCAUCCUUUUGAGCAUGGAAUCUACUCUGU